AUGUGGAGGAAACUGCUAAAGCUAAGGGAGGUGGCGUAUGAUUUUUUCAGGAUGGAGGUUAAGGACGGGAAAUCAACGCACUUUUGGUUUGAUGACUGGCUUGGAAAGGGGAGAUUGAUUGAUAUCACUGGAGCAGUAGGUACCACUUACCUAGGACUACCUCGUAGAGCCACUGUUAGUGAGGCAAUGAAUCAGACUGGUUGGGCUAUAAGAGGACAGCGCAGUCGUCAUCACCAUGAUCUUUAUGCGGAAGUUGUUGCACAGCCACUCCCUGAUCCUCACCUUGGCAGGGAUGUGGUCUUAUGGAAACAUGGUGAAGAUGAUUAUCGAGACAGUUUCUCAAGUGCUAAGACAUGGGAUCAAAUCAGAUUGCGGAAGGAAACAGUGUGGAGCAAGGUUGUAUGGUUUGCACAAGGGAUUCCUAGAUUCUCGUUCAUUACCUGGUUAGCGGUCAAGAACAGGCUAUCCACUGGUGAUAGGAUGCGUUCUUGGGGAAUGAUUCAAUGUUGCACGCUCUGUGGAGAGAUUAAUGAGACAAGGGACCAUUUGUUCUUUGCUUGCCCAUACUCUUUCACAGUAUGGCACAGCAUGGCAAAUCGUAUUCCUGAAGCUCACACUGACCCUGAUUGGCAGUAA